CUUUUUUAAACAACUAGAUUCAGCACUACACAAACCUAACAAGCCUCGCUCUCUGUAGUUUAUUUAACGACAAAAGCAAAUAACCAUGGCCGACGAUUCGCAGCACGAGCACGUUUUCGAGAGCUCCGAGUCCGGAGCUUCGCUCACCUACCCCAUGCAGUGCUCUGCUCUGCGCAAGAACGGUUUCGUUGUCAUCAAGGGCCGUCCCUGCAAGAUCGUCGACAUGUCGACCUCCAAGACUGGCAAGCACGGUCACGCCAAGGUCAACAUGACUGCCAUCGAUAUCUUCACUGGCAAGAAGCUUGAGGACAUGUCGCCCUCCACCCACAACAUGGAGGUCCCCAACGUCAAGCGUAACGAGUACACUCUGGUCGACAUCUCGGGUGGUUUCCUGUCGCUCAUGGACGACAACGCCGAGAUGAAGGAGGACGUCGCCCUUCCCUCGAACGAGCUCGGUACCGACCUCGAGGCCGCUUUCGGCGAGGGCAGGGACAUCCUUGUCACCGUCCUCAGCGCCAUGAACGAGGAGGCUGUCGUCUCCUUCAAGGAUGCCCCCAAGGGUAACUAAGUAGCCUGCCGGGUUUGUUUUCUAUAAAAAUCCUUUUGAAUUAAAUGACAAUUCUUUUGGCAAAGCAUUCUU